UAAAGUUAUGUCAAGAUCUGUAGGUGUAGUUAGCUUAUUCUUAUUGCUUAAAAGAGAAGUUUCUUAUUGUAGUGAUUAUAGUGAUUAUUGUAGCUUAUUAUAAGAGGCAUAUAAUACAAGAGACACAUAGAACUUCAAAAGUCAUCUGUCCAGUAUGGAAUGUUCGUCAAAGCCUUUCAAUGAUGAUUCUAAAGACGACAAACUCGAGGAGAUUGAUAAAGAUUUGAUUCCUCAAGUAUUGGAAAUACUCAAGCAACAAUUUCCAAGAUCAAUUCAUAUCCCUCAGCUCGUUCCAGAUUUCUGAAUCACUCAGCCAGGGUUCAAUGAUGAUUUAAUUGGAACCUACUGCAUUAUCGUUACUGGGUUUGCACUUGAGAUUUUGGAUUUCUUGUAUGAGUGCAUCCCUAUGAACAAGAAGCUCAUUCACACGAGAGACCAGUUCGUCCUUCUCUUUGAGAACCAAAUCGUCCGUUUGACAUCCUACGUCACAUGAAUCAAUUUUCCGAUUUACUACUUCAUUUGGAUGCAACUGGAGUGGGAGAAGAAAAAUCUUCCUUCUUCUAUCAAUGUUUUGUGCUGCAAUGGAAACCUGAAUGGAGGCGUGUUUGUCGCUGUUAGCAAAUACUUCGUUUGUCGAUACAUGAUCUAUUCUCAAGAUGGAGACAAAAUUAAAUUGAAGAACCUCUUGAGGACCUUGCCCGUUGACUGGUCAUGUAAACCUAUUAUUGUAUUUGAAGCUGUUUUCGAGAAAGACAUUGGAAUUGUUGAGGAGCUGAUUGCGUCCAACAAUCGUAGCAGUUCGUAUGAGGCGAUAUUCAAUAGAGUGUGGCUUCCACCAGAACUGCAUCAUAAGAUAGAUGUGAUUCCUCCCGAAAACACAUAUCUCGAUAGGCUAAAUGAGAGUCAUGUGAAAAAAGUCAAUGAAACUUGGAAAUAUGGUUCGAAGGAUACAGAAGCCAUGGUCAAGAACACAAUAUGCGGGAAUUUAGGAAUUGGAUUAUUCAGAAAAGAAGACGGCAAGCUGUUGGCGUGGAAUACGAUGCAGCAUUUUGCUGGCCUGGGAAUGCUGUUCACAGAUGUUGAGGAGAGGAACAAAGGGUAUGCGAGGAUAGUAACCGCUGCCCUGGCCAAAGCUCUAGUCGAGCAGAAUGUCAUUCCGUUUGCUUGUAUCAGUGAAGUUAACAAGCCAUCAAUGAACGUAUUCUCCAAAUUGGGAUUUGUUGUUGCUGAUCGUUGUACCUGGGUUAUUGUAGAUGCAAUUCAGAAAUGAAUUAUUUGUUAACUAUUACUGUAUUUAUAAAGGAUAUCGUAUUAUUUACUUACAUGUUGUAUUUUGGUAUAGUCAGCUUGUCUAACUAUGUAUAAAUUGUAUAAAUAGAUCAGUUUCGCUAAUUUACUCGGUUAUUCUUUCAAAGUAAUAAAAAAAUAGUAAUUUAUACUUUGUCACUUUGACGGUGAGUUUUGAUCCCAUCUGUCUAUCCAUACAAAAUUCGUGAUACUUGGUUUUACCAAAAAUUAAAAGAAUUUCUAUUUGGAACUUAGGAUCAGGAUCAUCAGUAUCUCAUUAAUGCAUUCAUUACCUUUUGAAAAUAUUUUCUAUUUACUGACAAAGUAUUAUGUGAGUUCAUCGGGGAAACUCCCUUCUAUUAUUGCCUCUAUAACACAAGAAAGUCUUCGUUCAAAAUGAAGAGAAAUUCACAGCAUGAAAUAGAUCAACCUAAUGAUGAAUUAUUCUAAGCAUAUGAAAAUAUAUUUUUUCAGAUCAAUAUAUAUUUAUAGGCCUACUUGACUAAUGAAAGAGUAAUGAAAAAGUUGAUAAUUAGAUGUUUAAUAAUGCUGCUACUUAUAUUGAUUGUUAUAUUUUUCUAUCUUAAUCUUAUGAAUGUUUACUUUGCUAGAAUCCUAAUACCACAGGGUGGCCACCUACCGGGAAUAUGGGAGAACCUUGAAUUCCUCAUGAUUCUACUAACCGGGAAAAAUACCGUGAAUUCCUCAUGAAUUUAUCAUUAAUUUCUAUUAAUUUAGUAAAGAAGUGUACAGUAACAUAUUCAAUUGGUAAAAUUUUCCUCUAAUUUUGGGUUAGCCUAUGCUUUUUUAAAUGCUUCUUAAUGUACUGAUAACAGUUCCUCUGGUGCAAUAAUAACGUAUUUAUGUUCUAAGUGUGUAACUGAAGCAGGCGCGGAUCCAGGGGGGGACGGUCGGGCGACCGCCCCACCCCCCACUUUCAGAGUGAUGUUUGAAAAAUCUACAGUGUUACUUCAAGUUCAGUCAAUAUAGACAUGAAAAAGGGGGUGUGCUUGCAUUUUAUAUUGUAGUUCUGAUUUUUCAAUAUAUUGUUUGUAUACAUAAAAGAAAUCCAUUACGAAUUAUUUCAUGCAAAAUUUCCUUGUGCUAGAUACACGAUGGCCCAAAAACCUCUUAUUUUUGGCUCAUUUUCCAGUUUUCAGUUAUUUCUGCCAAAUCCUGACACAAAAAUUCGUUUUCGCCUUUUUUUAGAUCAUGAAAUUCUUAACAAUGAAUCCUCCAUUGUCAUCACAUUAAGAUUUUGCACCAUGAUAUAAUUCCAUUAGAUCAUGUUCUAUGAGAAUCACCCGUUAGAUGCUCUUAAUUUAGUGGAGAGGCGCGCAUAAGGACAUCUCGAAGGAUCAAAAUUUCAAACACUGAUAACUUUUGACACAAUGAUCGGAUCUCGAUGUACCACAGCUCAUUCUUCUCUGCUCGUCAAGACGGUUCAAAAUCAUGCAUAAGUCGAACUCGAUUGAAAAAUAUGAAAUUCAUCCCUUAGUGUAGUUUAACCAGUAUUUCAAUACACAAAGAAAUGACCAAUAAUUCAGAGCUAUAUGUAGCUCGGUAACCCAUUAUUAUAAUAAAGGUCUGGAUCUUGAAUUGAAUAUGCAUUUUUUUCUCCUCUUUUAGUUGCUGUAGAUGGAAAAAUAUGAUCGUAAUGUCAAAUUCAAUCAUUAAAAGAAAUCGAAGAUACUUUCCUCAACGGUCUAGGAAGUUCUAUGAUUGGAAAAAGUGAUUCAAAAUGAAUUUUGGGGAACUGAGCUCGUAGAGGAUGGAAUACUCUACAAUUUGGAAUCAAUCAUGAGAUGUAUCAGACUCAUUUUAGAGACUCUUCAUUAACAGAAAAAUCGCGAAAAAAUGAGAAACUGAAAUAUCGCUAUUUUUAAAAUCGGCUGUAACUUUCUAAUGAUACUGGAAUCGGAAGUAUUCUCCAUUCUAGUGGAAAAAGAAAAUAUACUUUUCCACAUCCACAUUUUGAAAUUUUAUCCGAAGUAUUUCACAAGAUUUGCAGCUUUGAAAAUGGAAAUUGGUCAUUUUUUGUGAAUUGAAAUACUGGUUGAAGUAGGCCUACACUCAAGGAUGAAUUGUCUAUUUUCUAAUUGAAUUUCAUUUAUGAUGCAUGAUUUUAAACCGCCUUGACCUGCCGAGAAGAAUGAGCUGUGGAACAAUGAGAUCUGAUCAUUGUGUCAAAAGUUAUGAUUGUUUGAAAUAUUGAUUUUUGAGGUGUCCUUAUGCGCGCCUCUCCACUAACGGGUGAUUCUCAUAGAACAUGAUCUAUGAACUUAUAUCAUUGUACGAAAUCUGGAUGUGAUGACAAUAGAGUUGCUGAUGAUGAUGAUGAUUGAAGCUAAAACUUGGGUGUUAUCUAAAUACAAGGAUCAUUAUAGUCAGGUUUACCUGAAAAUCCAUAUGAGAUAGAGCGCUCUACCUGUAGAGCACAAAAUUACGCUCAGAGUAAUCUUGAAUUAUACAUUUAAAUGGUAACAAUCGGAAGAUGUGGAUCAAAAACUAAAAUCAUAGAAAUUGAUUUUUUCCUAAAAUUUUACUUAUUAUUUUUUGUAAAAUUGUAACUCAGUACUCAUUGAAGAUAGAAAGUUCCGAAUGAUCUCAUUUUAUUAGGAAUUUCAUAAUCUAAAUAAAAGGCGAGAGCAAAUUUUUCUGAUUGAUUAUAGGAUUUGGUAGAAAUAACUAAAAACUGGAAAACGAACCGAAAAUACGAAGUUUUUGGGUCACUCUGUAUCUAGCACAAGGGAAUUUUCCAUGAAAUACUUGGUUCUGGAUUUCUCUUUUGUACCCAAAUAAUAUAUUAAAAAAUCAGAACCACAAUAUAAAUUGCAUGCACCAGUGUAGGUUAGAGAAGAUGCAUGUACAUGGUGUACAUGCACCAGUGACUGGACUAAUAGAGAAGAAGAAGAGUAAUGCAACGCAAGUAAUGCAAGAGUAAUGUCGAACGGGGGGGGGGGUCGGCUGGACGACCAUCUCCCCCCCCCCCAGGUAAGGGUCAUGGAUCCGCGCCUGAACUGAAGACUGUUGGCCUAGUAGAUUUCACAUUAAUUUCUGGUUUCAAUCGAUUUGUUAGCUUAUUUUGAGUAUGAAACAGUAAAAAAAUUUGACGCUCACUACUUAUCGUUUAUUUUAAAAUUAUCAUAUUUUUAGUCAUGAUAUAAAUCAAUUACAUUUCAAAAUUAAAUAUUUUGAUGACUUCAUUCUCUUUGGAAUGAGACUUUCUUCAAGGUUUGAAGAGUCACAAACAGCUGGAAUCGGCUAUGGUAGCCUACUGUACAUACAUGCAUAUAUAUGGCUUAUAAAUAAAAAUAUACCUAAAUCACGAAACAUGUUGUGAUAAAAUAAUUUAAAAGGGUAAUGAGAUUUAUUUAUAUUAAAAGUAGCCUUAAAAAAAAACAAUAUAUAUGGCUUCAUUGGUAGAAGUAUGACUCAGACUCAGAAUACAACAUGUUCAAAUAUAUUGAUAACUUUGACAUUGCAGUCUAUUCUUGUGAUGAAUUUUUAUUUUUAACUACUCACUGAGUAUUGAAAAUGGACCCUGUCCGAAAACACUCCACACAAAUGAGUAGUUAAAAAAGAACGUACUAAUUCCUCACAAAAAUAGACUGUAGUGUCAUAAAUUAUUAAUAUAUUUGGAAAUUUAAAUACGCUAUUCGCAAUUCGUCAUGGAAGAUCAAACUGAAUAGGAUUUCCAUAAUAUUUUCUAUAAUUUUUUACGAAUGUAUCUUGUUCCUCAAAUACCGGAACUCUACCUGGAAAAUUUGAAAUUUUACUCUGAAAAACCGGGAAUUACUCAUGAAUUUUUCAUUUUGAAAUGGGUGGCCACCCUGUACCAUCCAAGAUUAAAAAUAAAUGUUUUUCUAAAAAA